UCAAGAUUGUGCUUCCAAUGGCGAGGGGCACUAACCAAUUCCCAGCACCGGUAGGCACUGGUUAAGGCAAAAUUGGGGAAAUCAAUCAGCUCUGAUUAGGGUUUCUGUCUUCAAUUCCCGUCUCUGGUUCACUCCACGGAUCCGUCUAUCGAGGUCGAGAAUGCGUUAUUUCUCUCUGUAGAUAGACGAUAUGGUGUGCUGGUAUCGACUCAACCAGUCGAAGCUCCGUCACGCGUCCAACUACAUCAAGUCAUAUUACGCUCAAUCCUUUUAUGCUUCGACGCACGAUUGCGCCACUUCAUGUGCGUCCAUGGGGGCGAAACCGGCACCUUUCGCCGAUAUCCGGCGGCGACCCACUGAUUUCUGCAGCAACGUGAGGUUCUUUGCUGCACCGGUUCAGGCUAGGCCGAAAGAGGAAGCUAAGGACUCCAGUGGGCCGUGCCUGAAUGAGAAAAUUAAAGCGAAAAUAGUCCGGGUCGUGACAGAUGAAGGGCAUUUUGUAGUCUCAAUCCGUGAAGCACUUGAACGAGCGAGAAAACUCAAUCUUGAUUUAGUUGAGGUUCAGAAAAAUGCUAAUCCACCUGUGUGUAAGAUUAUGGACUUCCAUAAGGAGAAGUAUAAACAGCAGCUGAAGGACAAGGACCGUGCUAAAAGUCAGUCAGGGGUGACUCUACGAAAAGGAGAUUGCAAAGAAGUUCGUUUUAAAGGAAAGACAGAACAGAAGGACCUACAGACGAAAGCAGACACGGUCAAAAGGUUGAUGGAACGUGGCUACCGUGUGAGGUGUAGGGCAAUGGGUACUGAAGAUCAAGACUUGGGAGGAUUAUUAACUCGACUUUCUGCAUUGAUUGAAGAUGUAGCGGUAGUAGAAAGUGGACCAAGGGUGGAAAAGGAACAGGCUUAUGUCAUUGUCAGGCAUGCAAAGUUUGGUCCGCCUAAGAAAGGUAAGAAGCUGUCUGGAGAUAUAAAACAAGAUAUGGCAGGUCAACCCGGUGGAGACUUUGAAGAUGAGGACCUUGGCGAAAAAGGCUUGGGAUCUGAGAAGGAGGGAGACUUUGAAGAUGAGGACCUUGGUGAAAAAGGCUUGGAAUCUGAGAAAGAGAUAUUUUCUGACAAUGGAAACGCUGCAGGCAGCUAUGCUGGCUGGUCAACUGGUGGGGCGAACUAUAGGACUGGAAGAGCUCCCUCUUCAUCAAACCCUAAUUAUCCAGUGAACAUAGGAGAGCCUUCCACAGAAACUGAGAACAGGUAUGCGAGGGGAGGAGCAAAUAAUAGGUUUGCACAAUCUAGGAGCCAAGGGGUGCGAGACUCUCACAGGUUACAGCCUGAGGUUCCAAGAAGACAAGAGGUUCCAUAUCAAAGGAGGCAAACUCCUUCAGAUACACAUACCUCACAUUUAACAGGAGAGUCUAAGAAAGCCGAGACUCCUCCUCGCCCCUCACGCUCGAGUUUUGGGUUAUUUAGUUCCCCUAGAAAUAGUGUUCCCAGCAAUCAUGGUGAGGCACCAAAAGCUUGAGAGAAGUAACAACGGAUGAGCUUAUAAAUUACAGGGCGAUCUUCUUGCUCGAGAGACAUAGCUAGGGCUAGUAAGGACUUCUGUGAGGCGAUAGCUGCUUGUCAGUUAAUUAAGUUAUUAACCUAUAAAAUGCUCUGAGCGCUCGCAUGUUGAGACUCCUUCCAAACUGCUGAGAAGACAUUAUGGUGUUAAGAUUUAGACAAUAUUAUUUGAUUGUUAGGCUGAUUAUUCUUUUCAUUCCGUGUUGUAUACCUUCAUACUGCAUGGGAAUUCUGGGGAGGACCAUUGUUGGUUCAUUUUUGAGAUUAUCCUCUCGAGUUUUCCAUGUAUUUGGUGGUGUGUAAGUGAAUAAGGCUCACUCCCACUUCUUUUCUUUUCCUCUGAGGACGGCUCGGGUUUGAUGUUUUGUUUCUAUCUGUUGUUGUAUUGGUGUUGGAUUGACCGGAAAGAAUGAUUCGAUCGAAAUGAUAAUCUUGUCGAUGUUGGCUUUGGU